UAGAUUACAGCACAUAUAUACCCAUUAACACGCGUGCGCGCGACGUUGAUUAAUCAUAUUAAUGUGUUUGAAUUUCUGACAGUUUAAAAUAAUGAAAAAUUACGAUUAAUGUACCGAAUCUGAUCAUUCAGAUGAGAGUACCAGGUCGCCAGCACUUGACCGUAAAAGGUAUUCAGAAUUAGAUUCCCUUUUCUUCUAUUAUUGAUACAAUAUAGAAAUUAGAAUUAUGGAAAAGUCUACAAAUCACUUUGCAUGGGCUCAUAAACUGGGAUGUCCACCAUCAAUAUGCAACGAUUCUGUGAAAAAAGUAUUAUGCGCAGGUAUGGGUGCAUUUUUAUGGGAAGAAUUAGGUAAUGUAAUAUUUACUGCUGAUGAAGUAAAAACAGUAAGGAAAAAUGUAUUAUUAUACCAAUUAAGAACAGAAACACCUAACAAAAUUGUGCAAUGUAUGCAAAACAUGCAACAGCUGAAAUCAGCCAGAAAAGAUAUGAAAAAUCGAAUAUCUAAAUUAGAAAAGGAUUAUGAACAAGUAGAUUUUGCACUUAGACAAAAAGUACAAAAAUUACAAGAUAUAAAAUCCAUGCGUUCACAAAUGAAGGUAAAGAAAAAUUUGCUUAAUAUGAAAUAUGAUCAAACUGCUACACAGGUUCAAGACUGCAAGAAGAUGAGAGUAAUUUGUCAACGUUUAAUGCCAGGUACUAGCAAAGAGUUAGAUACUAAAUUGUUAAUAGAAACAUCAAAUACAUUGAUAAAUCUUCGGGCUGGAGCAAAUAAAAGAGAAGUAUUGGAUGCAAUAAAAAGUAAUCUUAAUAAUAUUGAAGUACCUACGUUAUGGCGUCAUUUGUAUCAAAAUUUAACUCAACAUUUGGACACAUUACUCAAAACAUUAAUCAAAUCAGAAACUGCGAAACCUUUGAACACACAUAUAAAAGAUAUUAAUCUUGAUAUUGCCAAAAUAUAUGGUGAACAGAUUUCCAUGGUUGCAAAGAAAUUGUGGUAUCAGGCAAAAACAAGGAACCACCAGGAAAGUAUUCUUGAAUUUACAGAGAAAAUUGAGAAAGCUACAAACGAUUCUGAAGAUGUCAUCACAUGGUUGGCACUAAUAUUAGAAAUCUGUAAAUUAGAAACUGAAGAAAAAUAUUUAGUAAAGGAAAUUAGCGAGAUUCGAGAAGAUUUAAAUGAAAAUGCUACAUUUGCAUUUAAUUUAGCUGAACUGACUUCAGAAAUACAAAAUAUUGAUAAGGAAAUAGUAAAAUAUACAGAAUGUAUACAGCAAUCAUUUAUUCAUUUUAAGUCAUUACCAACACAUAUUAUGAAAACAAAGGAUGAAAUAAAUUUAGUAUUACAACAAAUAUUAGAACUUCGAAACAGUGCUUAUGAUUCUGCAUGGUUGAAAAAUUCUUCUGGGACCGAAUUAAAUACAUUCUAUAACACUUUAGAUCUCAAUGCUUUGAGAAAAGUUACAUUGAAAGGCGAUAUUGGAACUUAUAGGCAUAAAAAAAGAUGUUUUGCUGAAGCUUCUGUCUCAGUUACCAAUUCUCAUACUUCAAAUAUUGUUUGCUAUUUUCCAAUGAUUCAAACACCUAUAUAUUCUCUACUAGAAUGUUACAAAAAUUUAACUUUAACGUUUGUUUACAAAAGAUUUAAUCCUUCAGAAGUUAAAGAAAGUUUAGAUGUAUUGCCAGUGCCUGUAUUACAGCAUAAAGGAAAUAAUGCUAAUGUAAUUGAAAUAUUAAAUUUAUCAAAAACUGCAAAUACAAAAACGAAAAGUGAAAUUGACAAAUUUAAUAAAUUACUACAUGAUUGGGUACAUCGUACUGUUGAAAAAGCAAUGGAUAUUACUGAUAAUACUGUGGAUAAUGCAACUUUUUCAGAAUGGGUUGAACGUUAUAAUUUACUGUUAUAUAUAUUUCAGAAAUCUAAAUAAUAUUUUGUAUAUUUUUUUAUCUUAUUAUAUUAUAUAUUUCUUACAACAUAAAGUUUUAUAAUAAUUUUGAACUGUUAUUGAGUAUCAAAUUUUCCUUGGCUGAUCAUAUGGUUACGAGAUAUAAAAACUAAUCAUUUCGCAAUGAACCAAACUAUAAUACUUUA